GCCCUGUGCCUAUGCCAUGAGCGUAAACAGCUCGAGGCUGCAACGCAGACAUGAAGGACCGGGACCCCCAGCGCUGGGUAAAGCGGACCAAGAGGGAAUGGAGGCCGCUGGAGGACCGGAGCUGUACCGACCUGCCGUGGUUCCUUCUCUUCGUGCUCUUCUGCGUGGGAAUGGGUGGUAUCUGUGGUUUCACCGUGGUAACGGGUGGCGCGGCACGGCUGGUGUUUGGUUACGACAGCUAUGGCAACACGUGCGGUCAGCCCAAUGAGCAGCUGUAUGGAGUCCGACUCAGUGGCCUGGACCACCGCGAUCGCAGGUUUGUGUUUUUUCUGGACCCGUGUAACAUAGACAUCGUGCAGCGUAAGAUCAAGUCGCUGGCGCUGUGUGUGGCGGAGUGUCCAGGGGAGGAGCUACACACCUACGCUGACCUCAAACGCUUCGCCAUGAUCAACGGCUCUGAGCUCUGCUCCUAUGAGUUGGCCGGUCAUAAGUACCCAAGCCACCCUGACCGCUGGGAGAAGUGCCCCAAACUACCAGUGCCCCAGAGUAAGCCGCUGCCGGUGUUUAACCGCUGCACUCCCAUGGACAUCACGUGCUACGCCAAGUUUGCCGAGGCGGUGGUGACGUUCGUGAGUGACAACAGCCUGCUGCACCGCCUGAUUGCCAGCGUCGCCGCCAGCAAAGAGAUCAUCAUUGGCCUCUGUGUCCUCGCACUAGUGCUGUCUAUGAUCCUGAUGGUCAUCAUCCGCUACAUCUCGGCCGUGCUGGUGUGGAUUCUGACCGGCCUGGUGGUGCUCGGUUCUCUUGGAGGUACCAGUAUUCUCUGGUGGCUGUACAUCGAUCACAGGUUGAGUGUGAACGACACUCAACUGGAGGAACCAGAGAAUGAGGGGGUGGAGUCAGAGGAGGAGGAAACUAAAGAGAAAACACACGCACUCUUGAUCUACGCCAUCGCAGCCACCGUCUUCACUGUGAUCCUGCUGCUGCUGAUGCUGUUCAUGAGGAAGCGCGUGGCUCUGACCAUCGCUCUGUUCCGUGUGGCCGGUAAAGUGUUCAUCCACCUGCCCCUGCUGGUCCUGCAGCCCUUCCUCACCUUCAUCGUCCUGCUCAUCUUCUGGAUAUACUGGCUCCUGGUGCUCCUCUUCCUCGGGACCAGCGGUGACCCUAUCCAGAAUGAGACUGGCCUUAUCGAGUUCCGCCUGAAGGGGGCCAAACAGUACCUGACCUGGUACCACGCCUUCGGCCUGGUGUGGGUCAGUGAGUUCAUUCUGGCCUGCCAACAGAUGACCAUCGCUGGAGCUGUGGUUACAUAUUACUUUACAAGGGAUAAGGGGCGGCUGCCCAUCACCCCCAUCCUGUCGUCGGUGCUGCGCUUGGCGCGCUACCAUCUGGGCACCGUGGCUAAGGGCUCCUUCAUCAUCACACUGGUCAAGAUCCCCCGACUCAUCCUCAUGUAUGUCCACAACCAGCUCAAGGGCAAGGAGAAUGCAUGUGCUCGCUGUAUGCUGAAGGCUUGUAUUUGCUGUCUCUGGUGUCUGGAGAAGUGCCUCAACUAUCUGAACCAGAAUGCAUAUGCAGCGACAGCCAUCAACAGCACAAGCUUCUGUGUGUCGGCACGUGAUGCGUUUGUCAUCUUGGUAGAGAACGCGCUGAGAGUGGCGGCCAUUAACACCAUAGGCGACUUUGUGCUCUUUUUGGGCAAGGUGCUGAUCGUGACGUGCACGGCGUUCGCGGGCGUGCUGGCGCUGAACUACCAGCGUCACUACAGUGAGUGGCUGCUGCCUCUCCUGCUGGUGGGGCUGUUCGCCUUCCUGGUGGCCCACUGCUUCCUGUCCGUCUUUGAGGCUGUGGUGGACGUGCUCUUCCUCUGCUUCGCCAUCGACACCAAAUACAACGACGGCACGCCGGGCAGAGAGUUCUACAUGGACAAGGCUCUCAUGGAGUUUGUCGAGAACAGCAGGAAGUCUGCAGCAGCAGCCGAUCGUGGGCGGGGUCGUGCUCGGGAAGAGGCGGAGCUUACAGCCAUGGCACCGGGGCCAUCCUCAGCUUAAGUCUCCUGAAGACCUUUUUAAAGACAUUCCAAAUGAUUAUUUUUACGUGUAACAUGUUUACUAUGGUUUCACUCCAGGGAAAAUGAUAUUUUAAUAAGAGACUGGAAACAAACAAAACAAAACAGAUAACAGCAUAAUGAAGCACUUUAUACUGGAGCGCCGCACAUCCCCUUCAGUAAACGAUGCAGUUUCGUAGUGAUGUCCUUUUUAUAAGACUAAACCAGUAUGGCGCCACCUAGUGGAGAUCUGCAGUACUGACCCGUAAAAUCACUCCUUCAUCGGGGACGGAGGUUCUCACCACAGACGAGUGUGUUUGGCCUCGCUGCCCUGCUGGGGGUGGUGUGUGUGCGCCGGGCACAUCUCACUGCUCGUUUCUCGUCUAACACUCGUUUUCUAAUGCAACGUUCUACCCAAUCACAGUGAGAAGGGGCCUUCCCCAUGGAGACAGGAAGGAUGUCGCCGCUCCGGAACUCACUGGCACGCCGCGCUACCUGCUUGUUUAUUUCGGUCGCUUCGUUUGUUUGGUCGUUUUUUUGUUUAUCUGGGGGAUUUGUGUGGAUGGUCAAAGAUCAGACUGUUACCAAGGCAACUGGACAUGGAGCAUCAUCCCACUGAUCCCUUACAAACCCUUGAGGAAGAACUCUACUAAGGAACACUGGAGAACCGUCUGCUCUGAACAACCCCAUCAACCAGAGGCCUGUCAGCGGAUCACACACUCCUCCCAUUGGCCAGCGCCCUAAUCAAUCACAUAGUGGGGCGGGACUGCUGUCUGGGAGCCAUUUUGUGGGUGUGGUUUCAUGGACUCACUGAUCGAACAGAAUGCUAAUGCUAACGCUAACAUUGAAAAUACACGUCUUCCUACUGACACACUCACACACACACACACACACAUACCCAUAGAGGUUUCCCACAUACACAUGGACACACACACACACUCCAUAGAGGUUUCACACACAUUUACAUAAAAACAAGUACACAUAAAAACAAGUACCUUCAAUAGGGAGCACAUACAUACAUAUGCACUAACACUCAUAGAGAACAGAGAAUGCAUACUUACUCACACACUUAUCACAGUGACACACACAAACACACACACACA